AUGUGGGAGUCGCCGUCGUCCUCGUCGCGCCUGCCCGUCGUCCCCGUGUCCGUGUCCGCCGCCACCCCCGUCACCUCCGGAGCCCUCGCCCUCACCCUCGCCACCCUCACCUCGGCGCCCGCGCAGUCGACCGCCCUCAUGGCCCCCACGGUCCACGCCAACGAGAUAUGGCGCUACAUCACAAAGUGCCGGCAGCUGAUGGUGUGGGUGCUUAGCGACGACGACAACGUCGAGCUGCGCGGCGCCAUGUUCCCCGCGCUCUCGAGCACCCCCGUCUCCGUUGCGGAGAUCAAGCAGCUCGCCCACCUGUACCACAACGUCGUGCUCGACGUGUGCCCGUGGAUCGUGCACUCGCGGUCAUACCUGCACGUGUUAAUCGACGAGCACGAGAGCUUUGAGCACCUCGCGCAGGCGGUAGACGCGGCCAUCAUCGAGGCGUGCCGGGGCGGCUCGUCGGCAGUCUCCACGCCCCAGGGCACGCCAAGAGCGUCGUGGCACCGGCGGUCGGUCGCCGAGGUCCUCCACCCAGUCGCGGAAGAGAGCAGUGCGGGAAGCCACGAUGCAGACGAAGUGCGCACAGCGGCGACGAGGUCGCCUGACUGCACGACGGCGCGGCUCUCCGAGUCGACGGGGUUCGAGAUCCGCACGCCGCCGCUCGAGGCGUUCGGCCGUCGCCACAGCAGCAGCUACACGUUCAGCCCCCCACACGACCCGGACGAGGUGCCGCUGCCCGUCCCGGAGGGAGGGGCGCAGAUGCAGCUCUGGGAGUCGGAGAGCGAGCGCGAGCCCGUGCGCGAGGUCGCGGUCGUGCCGGCUGCCAAGGCCAAGUCUGAGCCCCAGCCCGAGACGGAGCUUGUCAAUCCCAAGUCCAACCCCGCGGCCUCCGACGCAAACGCAGACGUCACCGAGCUGCAGCUCCCCGCGCCCGUCGAGAUCAAGAUCCACCCCGCGUCCGUCGUGUCCCUCCCCCGCGCGGCCGACGAGUCAACCACCCCGACAACGCUCUCGCUCUCGCCUCCCCAGUCUGCGCAGACUUUUCCAGCUCGGGAUCCCUCGCCCACCACUGGUGGCAGCUGCACCGACGCCGAGCGUCGACGCAUUCCGAGGAUUGAAGUCACGCCGCCGGCUGCGAUGGGCGAGUUUUUCGACGUCUGCAUAGAGCCAGUGUACCCGCAGUAUUAUUCCCUGCGUGAUACUCGGGCGCGGGUCGCCCUCGAGGAUGUGGCCGAGGAGGACGAGGGGGAGGAGGCACAAGAGGCCGGCCUCGACCUGGGGUUCCUGUUACAUAUUGUGCAUGCGCUGUGGAUUAGCGCCUUUCUGUAUCGCCUCGUGCGGAUGUAG